AUUUAGUUGCUGCUCAUCUCAUAUCCCCAACAAUUCUAGCUGGAAUGAAUCUUGUGAAUUCAUCAGACAAUCAACUUUGUUUCGGUUAAGGACCGUAGAUUCAUUCAGUGAUGGAAUUGGAGGUGACCCCAGAUGGAUGACCUACUAAUCCAACCGUUGGCGUUUACGGCCAUUCUUCUCAUGCAUGCUUUCUUCCCUCCUUCCGAUUGUUGCUUUAGUGUUGGCUCUUUCCAGUACAAUGUCCACUUCCUCCAGCAAAAUUCCCUCCACUUCCUCGCUCAUUUCCCUAAACGAACGAACAGUGAGCCCGAUCCUCGCCAGCUCGUCAAACACCUCGUGGGACCUGAACGCGGAUGACUUCACCAAGGAGUUGUCCUGCUCUCUUUGCCUCGAACUGUUCCAAGAGCCGGUCAUUCUACCUUGCGGCCAUAACUUCUGCAAACCUUGCCUGGAGGCCAUCUGGAAUAAAAAGGGCGUUUUCUGCCCAGAGUGCCACAUUAGUGUUCCUGACCGCAAGUUUAUAAUCAACCAAGCCUUGAAAAAGAUGGCGGAGAAGAUUAAGACUUUUCACGUAGGAGGCCAGCAGCAGAAAUGCAUGGAGCAUGGAGAACCACUGACUCUCUACUGGAAGCCUCAAGGGAAACUAGCAUGCUUCACCUGCCGGGAAGCUCAGGUGCCCAAAGAUCAAUGCACCCAGUUUCUUCUCAUCCCUGACGCAGUGCAGAUAUAUACGGAAAAGCUUCUCGCCUUGAGACUUCAGCUCAGGUCUAUCCUGGUAAAACUGGAGGUGUUGAAGAAUGCGCAGGAGGAGAAACUAUCCAGUCAUAAA